CUGCCCAGUGAAACCGGAUGGGCAGAAUUCGGUUAUUUCAAAACGGUUGUCCCCAGAGCUCUCGUUUUCCCACCGCUGAUCAAGGGGAACGAGGACUCUGGGAACGAGAUUGAAAUACCAACGAAGAUAACGCAACGAGCAUAAAUACAUUUGAACUUACUUUACUUACUUUACAUUGUCAUCAUUACAUUUCUUUGCAGAUUUGAUUUGGUUGAUUCUUUAUCCGGCCAUGAUUUUAGUAAAAUAUAUUACAAGUACCACUUGAAAUGUUCAUUUUACUUUCAGCGAAAUGGCACCUAAUACUAACCCUAACACUAUAUCUUUAGUACUCACAGAUGACACCGAGUAUAUUCGCCUUCGGCCUAUACUCAUACUUGCUGCACUUGGAUACUCUGUAGAUCUUAACUGUCAAUUAAACGACCCAUCAGUUGAUGUGCAUCUAAUACAAGAGAGAAAGGUGACAGGGUCAACUAAAACAAUUGAACUUGAAAGGGCUCCAGAUGGAAUCAAAGUUACACAGAGUGGCCAAAUAUUUACCAUAAACAAUCUUGAAGAAUCUGAUAACGGGACAUAUUACUGCAAAGCUCAGUCAACAUAUUUACGGAUAGAGAGAAUUUACACCACCAAAUGUGGAUCAACACAAGGUAAUCAGUUUGUUUGUAAUAUAAGUAUUGCUAUUGAUUUUUCAGAACGUUACAUUUCUUCACAUUCUAUACAUCCAAGAAACAACUCAGUGAAUGAAGGAGAAAAUAUCACCUUCAUCUGCAAAGUAACUGGGAAAGGCAUUAAAAAAGUAGAAUGGUAUGAAGACAAAAUGAGACUUCCUGGCACAUUUUAUCAAUCUGGCAACAGCUAUAUUAGUGAUCUUCAAUUAACAGCAGUAACUGUUUCUCAAGCUGGUGCUUUUGAGUGUCGAACAACUGUUGUUCCCACAUGGUACAAAGGCUACCAAGUUAAAACAGGAAUGUUGUUCAUCAAAGAAUUUCACUUCCUUGCCAAGAAGAAACCAUCUCAGGGACUAUUUGUUGGUGACAAAGUAAUAAUUGAUUGCAAGACAAAUAACCGAAAGGCAUCCUCCAGUUUAUGGGUGAGGAAAGGUACCAGUCCAGCUCAGCAAAUUGUUCCAAAUGGCGGAUCUAUCACACGGCGUAAUAAAACGUACAUUUUUCAUAAUCUGACACUGGAUGAUGCUGGUCUCUAGAUCUGUAGUGCAACCUUACCAAGCACGAAAAAGAGGAUUGAAAAAGAGAUCACCAGACUGUUAAUAUUUAAAGGUGAGGAACGAGAUCGUGAAUGUAUUUGUCGAAAUGAAGGUAGAGGCCAGAGUCUGCUUUCAUGCAAGUCUGCGAAUAACAAAGUGGGAUGUUAUGGGAUGCAAUGUUAUGUGUUUCUUGGCCAGAGCAUCAAGCGUCUCCCUUUCUAUUCUCCAGCCUUGAGUCAAAUCAUUUCAGAUCACCGUUUUUUUUUUUUGUUUGUUUGUUUUUUUUAAAAUUUAUUUCUAUUUCUUUUAGCGCCUUUGCUUGUUUUGGGGUGUACAUUUAAAUGAUAGGCAGAAACUGCUUUCUAUAAUUUGAGUUCGAAAUUGUUUGUAUUCGCUCUUAACAGCUAAAAUACUCGGUGGCCAUGCGCUGGGCAGAUAAAGCCAUGUUUGCGACGUUACGAUUGUGACGAAAGUAUUCUUGCCGUAUUUUUCCCUCGCUGCUUCCAUCGAAUUUAAAACCUUCCGUAAUGCACACGUAAUCACAGCAUAGGUGUUGAGCAAUGGCUACAUUAAAGUAAUAUUUAAUGUAGUUGGUUUGCAUUUUAAAAAAGGCUCAAAGGAUAAG